GAUCACAUCCCCACUUUCCACUCAUUCCAGACUUCAAUUCCAAACCUCUUGACUCUUGACUCUUCAGUUCUUGAACGUCUACUUAAAUUUGCAGUUUUAUCAAGUGGAUUAUCUUUGUGUUUUUAUUGCUUUAUCGAGGAUACAACAAUGGGAGUUCCUGCGUUUUACAGAUGGCUUGUUGACAAGUACCCUAAAAUUGUUGUUAAUGCCAUUGAACAAAAAGAUGACAAUUAUGUCAGCCUUCCUAAUCCAAAUGGUUUAGAAUUUGACAAUUUAUAUCUUGACAUGAAUGGGAUUAUUCACCCAUGCUUUCACCCAAACCAUCUGAUAUCAACUCCAACAACAUUUGAUCAAGUGUUUGAAAACAUAUAUGCUUACAUAGAUCGUUUAGUAAGCAUUGUAAAACCCCGGAAGUUACUUUAUCUUGCUAUUGAUGGUGUGGCCCCUAGGGCUAAAAUGAAUCAGCAAAGGUCUCGACGUUUCAAGUCUGCCAAAGACAAUCAAACUGCUGAGGAAGAAGAAAGGAGGCUCAGGGAUGAUUUUAAAAGGAAAGGGAAAAAACUGCUAACCAAGCAAGAAUCUCAAGUAUCCGAUUCUAAUGUUAUCACUCCCGGAACCGAGUUUAUGCACGAGUUGUCUAGGGCUUUGAACUCAUAUAUUCAUCGAAAGCUUAACAACGAUCCUGCUUGGGCCCAACUUGAGGUUAUUCUUUCUGAUGCUACGGUUCCUGGAGAAGGGGAGCACAAAGUAAUGUCAUUCAUACGUACCAAGCGUACCCUUCCUGACUAUGAUCCUAAUACAAGUCACUGUAUAUACGGACUGGAUGCAGAUUUGAUUAUGCUGGCAUUGGCUACCCAUGAGUUCUACUUUUCCAUUUUAAGGGAGGAUGUCCUUGCAGUGCAAGAACACCCUGUAUCUGAAACCACACUUGUUACAAGUAUUCAGAAGGCUGAACAACAUUCAUUAGACAAAUCAAGUUUGGACAAGCCGAAACCUUUCUUUGAAAUUGCUGAUAAAAAUAACCUUAUCCAACCACAUCAUUAUCAAUUUCUGCACGUUUGGAUUUUAAGGGAAUACUUGGAGCUAGACAUGCAGAUAGUUGAUCCACCAGAAAAGCUUGUAUUUGAUGUUGACCGGAUAGUUGAUGACUUCAUUUUCUUAUGUUUCUUUGUUGGAAAUGAUUUCUUACCACACAUGCCGACUUUGGAAAUGCACGAGAAUCCUAUAGACUUACUCAUGUAUGUCUACAAGGAGGAGUUCAAAAGUUUUGGUGGAUAUUUGGUUGACAUGGAACGAAUUAAUGACAAGCAUGCAAGUUAUAUCAAGCUGAAAAGAGUGGAGAAGUUCAUCCUCUCUGUUGGAAGUUAUGAAGAAAAGAUUUUCAAGAAAAGAACUGAUAUUAGGGACAAAAGACAGAGGAGGAUUUUGUCUCAAUUAGAAUCUGAAAAAAAUGAAGAAUAUGAAGAGUGUGAGGUUAGUGGAAUGGAUCUUAAGGAACAUGAAACUGGACGAAAUAAUCCUGGUUCAGAUAUUCAGGAAAUGCUGGAAAAUACCAAAGAGCUUAACGAGAAGCUGAAGGAUUGCCUUCGUAAAAAAUCUGAUAUUUUUAGAGAUGGAAAUUUGGGAAUAGAUAAGGUAAAACUGGGUUCUGCUGGUUGGAAACAGAGGUAUUACAAAGAGAAAUUUUUAGUGGAGGAUCCCAAGGAAGUAGAAAUCAUGAGAAAACAAAUAGUUCAUAAGUACACAGAAGGAUUAUGUUGGGUCUUACUUUACUAUUUUUCCGGUAUACCAUCUUGGAAUUGGUAUUAUCCGUACUACUAUGGACCUUUUGCUUCGGAUCUAAAAGGUUUAGCUGGUGUCAAAGUGGAAUUUCAAAAGGGUUUCCCAUUUAAGCCAUUUGACCAGCUAAUGGCUGUGCUCCCACCAAGAAGUGCACAUGCACUUCCAAAAGUCUAUCAACAACUGAUGACAGAGAGCAGUUCUGACAUUAUUGAGUUUUAUCCAAAUGAUUUUGAAGUUGAUUUGGAUGGUAAAAGGUUUCUGUGGCAGGGAAUUUGCAAGCUUCCUUUUAUUGAACAAGAAAAGCUAGUGGCUGUGACUAAGCAAGUGGAGCAGAAAGUAAAGGACAGCGAAGCUGCAAGAAAUGUUGAGACAACAGAUAAGUUGUUGAUAAGAGCUUCAAAUAGCUCAAAAAGAGAUUGUGGGGGUUAUUAUUCGCAGCAGCAGGUUGCAGAAAUUCAUGACGGUAUCAUGUGUUUCAAUUUUGAGUUACCUGUAGCCUCUCACAUACCUCGACUGCUAGAAGGAAUUCAGCCUACCGAGAAGAAAAUCUUUGACAAGGACAUCAAGGCAACUGUUCCCUGGCAUGAAUACAGUGGCAGACCCCCAAUCACUAGGUACGAUAAUUUAGCAUUUCGUCAUUUCUUCUUUUGUGCACUUACAUCGGAAGAGAAUAAAAAACACAACUAUUUCUGCAGACAUUACGAAAGGUACAGGAAUGCAGCAGUUGAUGUUGGGACUAGAAUCAAAACUGCUGGUCUAGGUCGCGGCUUUGAACCGGCCGGUAGAGGAAAGGGAAUCUCCUGGAAUGAAUCAGAGUACAUACAGUCUACAUCAACUUAUUGCCAUCGAAAUAUGAAUAGGGGUAACACACAAAACAGCUUCUGGCGUUCAAGGAGUGGUGUUGUGCCGCAUGAAAAUGCUUCGUGGCGACCCGUUUCACACACAGGGCUUAGCUAUAGCAGAAAAGAAAGCGAGGGAUCAUCAGUUCAUUUCAGGCCAUGUAAUGGAAAUGCUCCUCAGUUCACGGGCAGAGGGAGAAGCAGAGGAAGAGGCCGAUCUGGACCGUACAACCAAUAUUCUACAGAAGGUCGGGAUUAUAAGGAUCAUAACCGUUGGUAGUAAAUCUGAUCUUACAACUAGAGUUUUUUGGAAAUUGCCUCGUUAAUACUGGUCGUGAUUUUUCGUAUUGCUUUUGAGAUAUCCCUUGUUAAAUCCAGUUAGUCAAUGAUCCAUUUUUUGUGCUCGACUGUUUCCUAGCUUCUUGGUGAUGAUGCAACAACUCAAAUUAAGUUGCAAUUAUUUUAGAAAGGGGCCCAGUUUUUGUCAUACAUGUAAUUCUCCUGUUUUGAUUGAUCAAAAAAGAGUAUAACUGUAUAAGACAUAGUGCUUGAAAUGGAAUAGUAGACAGAAAGAAUAAGAGGGAUGAAAUUAAUUUAU